CAGCUGCAUAGGCAGAAGUAUGUAUAGAAAUAUAGAAAACAAGUCAUGCAUCUCAGUUGUGGGAUUUCUGGUCGGCACGCUUAUCAUAAUUGACCUGUAGCGUGACGCAUCAUGAACCUGAAGCGCUCAUUCGCAAUCGCCGUGCCCCUGCUCUUGGCACAGACCAGCGCUUCGAAAUGCCUCAACUCUACCAUUCCGCCUAGUAAGGGCGUCUCGACAAACACUACUUGUUCGACAUCUUAUCAGAGUUCGAGCACGCCAGUGGUCGAUUUGACUUAUGCCCUUCACGCUCCACAGAUCGCAACAUCCCCAGAUGAGCGAGUUUACUAUAACUUCUCCAACAUCCGCUACGCCGCGCCGCCUGUCGGUAAACUCCGCUUCCAGGCGCCGGAAGACCCGGUCAACAAUCGCUCCGCCGGCGUCCAGGACGGCAGGUAUGGUAAGAUCUGUCCACAGGCCUAUACGCCUUGGCAGAACAGUGCGCUUGUGACAGCACCUCCUGGUGAGAAUGAGAGCGAAGACUGUCUGUUCUUAGACGUCGUGGUAUCGAAGGAUAUCUGGGAUCAGAGAUGCUCUGUUAAAAAGCCGGUGAUUGUUUGGAUUCAUGGUGGUGGCUUCCAAAUUGGUGCCAAGUAUGGCACGCCUAAUUCCAAUCCGCUCGGCCUGCUCGAUCGCAGCUUUGUGGAUGAUGGUGAAGGCGUUAUCUGGAUCGGGCUGAAUUAUCGUCUUGGUGCCUUUGGCUGGGUUCAGGGCGACUCUUUCACGUCGGCUGGUGGACAGUCAAACGUAGGACUCUUCGACCAGCGCAAAGCGUUGAACUGGGUCCAGAAGUAUGCGGGACUGUUUGGCGGUGACACAAGCCGGGUCACCGUUAUGGGCGAAUCUGCCGGAGGUGGCUCCAUCGUUCAUCAUAUCACCGCUUACGGAGGCAGAAAGGAUGCACCUCCCUUUUCUCAGGCCAUUGUCCAGUCUCCCGCCUACGUUCCAAGACCCUACGCUUCCCAAGCUGAGGACUCGUACGCUAUACUUCUAGCCAAUGCUAAUGUCUCUUCUCUUGCGGAGCUCAUCAAUUUAGAUACCAAGAUACUCCAGAUAGCCAACAAGCUAGCGCAAUCCUCAGACUUCUACGGCGUCUUCCAAUUCGGCGUAGCUCCAGAUGGCGAUUAUGUGCCGGACCUGCCCGAGAGACUGCUCACCAGCGGCUCGUACCACAAAAAUAUCAAGGUCAUCGUUGCCCACAACAGCUUUGAGGGCCAGCGAUACACGGACCCCACCGCGACCAACUCGUCUGCAUUUGACAAGUACAUGGAUCUCUACUUCCCGGAUGCGUCGCAGGCAUCGCUCGAGGAGCUCUCAAAUGAGAUAUAUCCAGCCGUCUACGGUGGCAGCCACCCAUGGACGACGCCAUUCUCUCGCCUCUUAACCGCGGUCUCAGAUUUCACGUUCACAUGUCACGCGUACUUCCUAGGUAAGGCCCUCGGAGCCGCCGUGGGCCAGGACAGCUACAGCUACCUUUUUAGUGUACCGCCGGGCACACACAUUCUCGAUGUCUAUUUCAGCUACUUCGUGAACAGCAGCAGCACGGUGACCAACGAGACGGUUGCGAAAAAUAUGCAGGAGUACUUUACCAGUUUUGCAGAGACUGGCGAUCCGAACAGGGGGGGCUUACCUCUGUUUCCCACAUACGGCUCGAACUUCACGGAUCUGAAUCUCAACCAGACCUUCAUUGAUUUAGUGCGAGAUCCUGCGGCAAAUUCCAGGUGUGAUUGGUGGCAGGCGACCUCUUGGGUGUAAGGGCAUAAGGAAAUUGACUGAGGAACGGUUGCGACCCGCUUUAUGCUGUUUGUUUUCUGAGCAAAUCGUGGCUACAGAAAGUUCAAGAUGGCUCUGUGGAACUUAGCCAUCGUAACGUUCAAUUGUCUUGCAACCCACUUGACCUUGAGGUAAAAACAAAUUGGGACUGGAUGGGCAGUCACGUUCACGCCAGCAGAUCCUCAUGUCCUAU